AUGGAAUGUAAUAUAUUUACCUUCUUUGAUGGAUAUGAAUCAGCUUCAUUUCAAUGUGAUGAUGAUGAUGAUGAUGAUGAUGAUGAUGAUGAUGAUGAUGAUGAUGAUGAUGAUGAUGAUGAUGAUGAUGAUGAUGAUGAUGAUGAUGAUGAUGAUGAUGAUGAUGAUGAUGAUGAUGAUGAUGAUGAUGAUGAUGAUGAUGAUGAUGAUGAUGAUGAUGAUGAUGAUGAUGAUGAUGAUGAUGAUGAUGAUGAUGAUGAUGAUGAUGAUGAUGAUGAUGAUGAUGAUGAUGAUGAUGAUGAUGAUGAUGAUGAUGAUGAUGAUGAUGAUGAUGAUGAUGAUGAUGAUGAUGAUGAUGAUGAUGAUGAUGAUGAUGAUGAUGAUGAUGAUGAUGAUGAUGAUGAUGAUGAUGAUGAUGAUGAUGAUGAUGAUGAUGAUGAUGAUGAUGAUGAUGAUGAUGAUGAUGAUGAUGAUGAUGAUGAUGAUGAUGAUGAUGAUGAUGAUGAUGAUGAUGAUGAUGAUGAUGAUGAUGAUGAUGAUGAUGAUGAUGAUGAUGAUGAUGAUGAUGAUGAUGAUGAUGAUGAUGAUGAUGAUGAUGAUGAUGAUGAUGAUGAUGAUGAUGAUGAUGAUGAUGAUGAUGAUGAUGAUGAUGAUGAUGAUGAUGAUGAUGAUGAUGAUGAUGAUGAUGAUGAUGAUGAUGAUGAUGAUGAUGAUGAUGAUGAUGAUGAUGAUGAUGAUGAUGAUGAUGAUGAUGAUGAUGAUGAUGAUGAUGAUGAUGAUGAUGAUGAUGAUGAUGAUGAUGAUGAUGAUGAUGAUGAUGAUGAUGAUGAUGAUGAUGAUGAUGAUGAUGAUGAUGAUGAUGAUGAUGAUGAUGAUGAACAUCAUCCUUAUUAUUCUAUUCCAUAUCACAUAGUUAAUUCAUUCUAUUAUUUCAUUGUUUAUCAAAGUUAUUUCAAUAAUUUGUUUAUAAUUAAUCUUUCCCAAUGGAAUACAAAUUAUUUAUGUACUUAUUUCAUUUCGUUCAUAUUUUAUAAGUUUUAA